UUUCCCUUUGGUCUUACCUUUUCUAAAGAUUAAACCAGUGUUCUCACAUUCAAACAAACUAAUAGACAAUAGUGGUACCAAAUGAAUUCUCAGCUGACUUGGAUAGAUAAUAACUAACUUUUCUUACUUUUUUUUUAACCACAGACAGCUAAUUUUAUUAUCUCUAUUUUGCUGGUGGGGAAAAUAAGCAAGGUGAGGGUGCCAUUCAGUUCUUAAACUCUGAAGAAAGCAAUUAAUUUGAAUACCUAAAAGACUGCACAUAUUUUAUCCAGUUAAAACGGAAGCAAAGAAAGCAAACCAAAACAACAAAAAUGCAGAGUAGAGGAAUUAAUCAUGCAGAAAUGCUAAAUCAAGACCUAUGUCAUUUUUUUGAAAGAGAAAAAAAGUUUCAUUUUUAUUAUUCUAAGGUGAUUGGGAAAGAAAAAUACAACAUUAAGAUAUUAUCUAUGAGGAAUAACACAGAGAUUCAAAAAGGCCUUUUCAAAAGUGGAACAAGACAAGGAUGUCCUCUUUCACCAUAUAGUUCUUGCAACUCUAGCCAGAGUGAUUAGACAGAUGAAAGGAAUUAAAGGGAUACGGAUAGGAAAAAAAAACACUAUUACUAUCUGCUGACAGCAUGAUUCUAUACCAAGAGGAUCCAAAAAAUUCAACCAGAAAAAUUCUAGAACUAAAAAAUGAAUUCAGCAAAGUAGAAGGAUAUAAAAUCAACACCCAUAAAUCAAAGGCAUUUCUGUACAUCAGUGACAAGAAAGAGAAACUAGGAAAACCACCCUAUUUACAAUAGCCUCAAAAAAGAAAGAAAGAAAGAAAGAAAUACUUGGGAAUCAACGAAAGAGGUGAAAGACCUCUACAAUGAAAACUACAGAACACAAAAGAAAGAAAGAAAAUCUUAGAAGAUGGAAAGAUUUCCCUUGUUCUUGGAUAGGCAGAAUUAAUAUUGUCAAAAUGACUAUACUGUGAAAAGCACUAUACAGAUUUAAUGCAAUCCCAAUCAAAAUCCCAAUGACAUUCCUCAUAGAAAUAGAAAAAGCAAUCAUGAAAUUCAUCUGGAAAAAUAAGAGACCUAGAAUAGCCAAAGCCAUCCUUAGCAAGAAGAGUGAAGCAGGUGGUAUCCCUAUACCAGACCUUAACUUUUCUUACUUUUUAAACAAAUAUUUUAAAAAGACAGUAGAUUAGGUGCCUGCAAAUAGCUGACAGUUGCUUCUGUGCUGCAGUGAAUUACAACAGUCAAUUUGGGCAGAUACAUGUGGGCUUCAUGCCCACAGGCAUUAUGAAGCAGAAAUGACUUUGAGAUUAUAACCUGGAGAAAAGCAUAAUACACAUCAUUUUAGAAGUUAAAAUCCACUGACAUAGUAUUUCUAAUUUGUGCAAGUCCUGUGUAUAGUCACCUCUAAGUAAGGGGGAAAAAAUACUUUGCUACUCCUAUUAAGAGGAAGUACUGUCCAUUAGUUUCAUUGACAUUGGCCAAACUAUAAAAACUAUAAAAUCCGAAAUGAAGUAAUCCUUUACGAUGUCUUUUUAGGAUGAAAGAUGUCUCCCUUUUAGCUGCUUCUAGUUUUAAAAAAUCACAGCCUAGCAACAUUUCCCUUCUCUUUAAAAAUCAAAAUCUGUUCAUCUCAAUUCUUUACUAAUAGCCACGAAUUUGUACCUUAAAGGAAGGCCUAUGAUUUGAUGAAUCCCCUUUCCUAAUCACUCCCUAUGAGUCUGAAUACACAGUAACUAACCGUUCUUACGUUUUAAUAAAUACUUGAAGGUAGGUUCCUUAGAAAUUCAUUCAGAGACCUAGAUGACCAUAUCAACAAAAUUCGUACAUGCUUGAGUUUGGUUUGCAUCCAUUUACGUACGUCAAAUUUCUUUUCCAGACUGAUUAAAUUCAUAACGUUUUGUAACAAGCAGACAAAGGAAUAUGUUUGAUUGAUAAGCAUAAUCAUCCGGGCAGUGAGUUCUCGCGUGAUGGUUAAUGACGUCACCGGUUGCCAUGGCAGCACCCGCCCCAAGGAAAAGGGGUGGUGCUAAGGAGCUGACUGCGGCGGAGCGCAGCUUCUGCAGAGGACAAGGAACGCCCUUUUGCAGGUCUGACUUCCACCACAAUGAGCGGCCAGGAGGUGGGCGACAAGCUCUCUCUCGCCGAAACCGCCUCUCCGGACCAGGCCCCAGGAGAUCUGCCCCUAAAUCAGUGCGAGGGGCUCCGCGAGGAAGCCGAGGCGGCACAGGAGAUGGCGGACACAGGUGAGGGCAAUUUGGAGGCCACUGCGGAGGGAGGUGCACCCCGGGAUUCCGUGGACUGUAGCCCCGCACUCUGCGUCCGAGUUGCCGGGAGCCUCAGCCUUGCAGCCACCGGAGGGGGAGUCGAUGAUGCUGUGCCUCCUUCGAAGGGCUCUGAAGCAGCCUCGGUCUCUGUCGGAGCCGACAAGAGCCAGAAAAAUGGCUGUCAGCUUGGAGAGCCGCAUAGCCCUGCGGGGCAGAAGGCUCUGGAAGGCUGUGGCGCAGGGGCCUGGGGGUCUCAGGUGAAACCUGGGGCGAAAGCCAAGGAAGUGACGAUUAAGAAGUGCGCCAUCGCGGCAGCAGCAGAAAAAGAGGGAGUAGCAGAGGCGGUGAUGGAGGAAAAGAAGGUGGUGCAGAAGGAAAAAAAGGCAGCUGGUGGAGGGAAAGAAGAGGCCCGGCCUAGGGCCCCGAAAAUCAAUAAUUGCAUGGACUCGCUGGAGGCCAUCGAUCAAGAGCUGUCAAACGUAAAUGCCCAGGCCGACAGGGCCUUCCUCCAGCUGGAGCGCAAAUUUGGCCGAAUGAGAAGGCUCCAUAUGCAGCGCAGGAGUUUCAUUAUCCAAAAUAUUCCAGGUUUCUGGGUCACCGCCUUUCGGAACCACCCUCAGCUGUCACCUAUGAUCAGUGGUCAAGACGAAGAUAUAAUGAGGUACAUGAUCAAUUUGGAGGUGGAGGAACUUAAACACCCCAGGGCAGGUUGCAAAUUCAAGUUCAUCUUUCAGAGCAACCCAUACUUCCGAAAUGAGGGGCUAGUCAAGGAGUAUGAGCGCAGAUCCUCCGGCCGAGUGGUGUCUCUUUCCACUCCAAUCCGCUGGCACCGAGGUCAAGACCCCCAGGCCCAUAUCCACAGGAACCGGGAAGGGAACACCAUCCCGAGUUUCUUCAACUGGUUCUCAGACCACAGCCUUCUAGAAUUUGAUAGAAUUGCUGAGAUUAUCAAAGGGGAAUUGUGGUCCAAUCCCCUACAAUACUACCUGAUGGGAGAAGGUCCCCGAAGAGGAAUUCGAGGUCCACCACGACAGCCUGUGGAGAGCCCCAGGUCUUUCAGGUUCCAGUCUGGCUAAUUUCUGCCCUCGAGAAGCUCCUGCACAAGUCUCCUUACCAUCGUCUAUUCUUGGCCAGCAGCAUGCAGCCUUCUUUCUGCUUUUUCAGUGUACUGAAUUAGUUUGUCCUUCAGUUCUAAGGUUUCAACAGUCAAUUUCAAGAUGGCCCCUUACAUACCUAUGCUAUUCUUCUUCUGGCCCUUCAAGCUGUUCUGCAUUGUGUGAACAUAUUCCAUGUGCAUGGCCUUCUACUGCUUCUAUGCUACACUAGUGAUGUUGUAGAUACGUACUGCCUUCUUUGCAUGGCUUGGGUCCUGUCUGUGACUAUGGUCUUCUCCCAGGUCUUUUAGUCGUUCUCUACCACAAGGAAGCUUGACACUUCUUUACAAAUAACUAAGUACACUUUAUGCUUGUUGUGCUUCUAAUAUCCAUGUACUAUGUGUUCUUGAGUUUCACCCCUGCAAGAUGAAACUGAAAUCCCAACUCAGCCAUCAACCCAAACUGGACAUUCUGGGCUACCACUUACUCGAUGCCAGCUGCUUUCUGGGCCUUCUCCGUCUAGUCUUCUGGUGGAACAAGCAGGUGGCUCAUGGGUAACUGCUAGACACAAAUGAAGUAGCCCAACAAGAAUGGGUUUUUUGUACUUUUGGUUAUUGUGCAUCGCAAUCGGCUACUGGUGAGUAUGAAGGCCUGUGCUGUAGCCCACCAACACUACUUCCUCCCUGCUGGUGGAGCUCUGCACAGGCCACCACUGCCUCGACAGAACUAUCUAUGGACCUAAGCCCCUAAACAACACACAGGAACCCCCAUAUCUACUGUGAUUACCCAUAAACCCAAUUACUUGUAAGGCAAGUUGAGUAGUGAUAAUGCAGUGCCCAAAGCAAGGUGGAAUGGUCCCUUUUAGUAGCCUUUCAGGGCCCUAGCCAACAAACCACCCUUAAUACAGGUGAUUUUGUUUGGCUACCCCUCUUUCCCCCUUCCAUACCUCCUCUGGACAUGAUGGAGUUGCCAGGGUGAGGGCACUAAUAGAUUUUUCUGGAAUGUGGGUCUUAUUAUGCCUCUCAUUCUUCCCCUAUCUUUUUCUCCUCCUUCCUUCUCUGGAGCAGUUACUGCUGAGAGACAGAAAACAAACUGGCAAAGUAGGUUUUUGGCUGUUUCCAGAAAGAGAUUUGUAAAUUAGACUUCAGAUCUCUGCCCUUAUUUCUUCACCCCACUUUUAGCAAGGUCACAUAGGGACCUGUAGGGUAACUGCUUAUUUGGGCAUUGUGUUCUCUAAUCGUGGUAUCCCCACCCUUUUUCUCCUAUCCUGCCUAAUUCUGUGAAUUUCUUGAGCUUUAAUUUGAGAAGCUGGAAGGAGAAAAGGGCCUCAGUGAUGUGUUGAAGGCAGACCCUGUACAACUAGAAUUUGCUUUACUUCACUUUUCUAAAGAUGACAAUUUUGGGGGACUUGGACUGUUUAAGAAAUGAUUUGAAAAUAGCAUUUUGUGAGUCACUCUGCCUUUACUGCUGUGAUAUUCCAUAGGCUCCAUUCUACAGCCUGGUCCUCUGGGUCCUUACUUCUUAGUUUCAGCAUUUCUUUCCCUGCUUUGUCCUUCCAAAUGAGGGAGUAGGCUGCAGUCUGCAUUGUGGGAAUAAGGUGGAGUCUGCGUUUCCAGGACAAGUUCCAGCACAGUGAUGCUGUAGGGCUGUCUCAGUUGUGGGGGUAUAUGGUGCUGGUGAAGACCAUUGGCCUUCACCCUUUUCCUUUGUUUUGAAGUCCUUUCCCUAAGCUCCUGAGGGCUAAGGAGUCUGACACAAUCAGUGGAGAGGGUGCUGCAGGCUGGGAAACUUAACUAAAGGCCCAGAAGCAGAAAUAAGCCUGAUGUAUAGUGAGUUUCUCAAGGCCCACAGUAAAGAUCCCUGCAGGAUCAGGGGUGGAAGGCGAGGCCUGAGGCAGUUCCUAGGGUAGAGGUGAGAGAAUCAAAGCAUUUGGGGUUUAAUUAGGAUGCUUGGAGAAGGGCUUUCCUCCAAUUUUUCCUAACUCCUUAAAUUCACCAAUAGAUUUUUGUAAACAAAAAUACAAGUCUGGGUGUUUUCUCUCUAUUAUUUUAGGAGUAACCUUUAUAUAUGUGGGAGAUUAAUGGUAUAUGUUCCUUAUCUCACUGUGUUGAAUAACAUCCUAUUAAUUCCUUUCUCCAUUUCAGCCUAUUGGCAAAAUUGAUGUUUACAGGCCUGCUUUUUUGCUUGUAAUUGAGGACAUGUGCAAAAAUAUCAAAAUUUGUGUCCUGUGCAGUAUGAAGACGUCUGUGAAUAUUCAUUAAUAGAUUAGCUUGUUAUGGUCUUUCUUCUAUAUAGUUCUAUUCUUAGACAUAUAAUUUGAAUAAUGUGAUCGUUGAAGAAUCUGAAGAUUUUGAAGAUUGUUGCUGUCUUGUGAAAGUAAUCUCAAAAAAGCAUAACUGUUGUCUUACUUGAUAUUUCUUGCCCUAAUAAUAAUGUACUUGACCUUAUGUUCCUAACCAGUAUAACUACUAGCAGAACUGCUGUCAAACUAAAUAAGGAUUAUUAGUACUUUUGUCUUCUCUGUGCUUGAAAGAAAAGUAAAAUGUCACUGUUAUAUUUCUUGUUGUCAUCAAAAAAUAAAAAUAAAUAAAAAGUUG